AUGUUGCGAUGGUCGUCACCCAUUUUCCAACUCCUCGAAGGCUUUUGCAGUCUCCUGGUCAUACAAGCCAUCGGACAACUAUCUCGCUGGCUGGUCAACAGAAGUGAAUGGAGCGAUGCCUGGCUGCUUGCCCUGCUUGCUGCCUCGGCAGGAGUUGUGUCGAGUUCAGUCUACUUCCUCUGGCGAGUUCUGCAAUUUCCGGAUAUUUCAAACCUCGAUUCCACCCUGAUUGGCAUUGCCAUUGCGUCGGCUAUCUUCCUUUGCGCUUAUGGAGUGGUUUCUGGUCGCGGCACAGCCACUGAAUCAUCUCUGCUUUUCGCAUACAUUGUCCUGUGCAUAUAUCAGAUCUUCACAGACUACAAGCCCAAUGUCCCUCAUCCAGAAGCUGGCAUGGCAAGUUCGGCACCAGACUUCCCACCAUUCCCACCGAUCAUCAUGUCUUCUUACACGGCUCUCAUGGCCGCACUGUCAUCGCUUCCAGGGGCUCUGGUCAAUGCGCUGGACUUUGUUGCCGCAGCUUUCAAAGCGGUUACGCCAUCGGUGCUAAUCUCUCUGGGGUAUCGACUCUUCGUCUUUUAUUCUUCCACACGCAUCAUUCCAGCAAUCAAUGAAAGCGGUGCCAGCGGUCUAAGUGUAGAGCCUUCUCUAGAAGACUCCAAUGCGGCGAACCAAUUCCUUGCCUUCCUCUCUUGGUUUUCACCCAGCAUUCUCAUCGCAGUCUACACCAGCCUUCUCAUGCAGCACUUUGCCACAAGUAUGGGCGGCUACGCACCAGGUCUUACAGAAACAAUCGGUGCUUGGUGGAGUGGCAACGGUCAACCAGUGAUGAAUGGCAAUUUAUGGAAGUGGGUCAACUUGGUAGGGACUAUGUCCCUUUAUGCUAUCGAGUUGUGGUUAGGCAAAGAAGACGACAUGAACGGUGAUCACUGGAAGGUUGACUGA